GAAGCGGAUGGAGGCGCCUCCUCUCCCCGCCUGAGCUCAGGAAGGACAAGCGCGGAGCAGCGGCCGCGCCCGCCACAGGAGGAGGAGCAGUGGGCGCCGGGCUUCUCCCCGCGGGCGCCCCCAGCAUGGUUGACUAUAUUGUGGAGUAUGACUAUGAUGCUAUACAUGAUGAUGAAUUAACCAUUCGAGUUGGGGAAAUCAUCAGGAAUGUGAAAAAACUACAGGAGGAAGGAUGGCUAGAAGGAGAACUAAAUGGGAGAAGAGGAAUGUUUCCUGAUAAUUUUGUUAAGGAAAUUAAAAGAGAGACAGAAUCCAAGGAUGACAAUUUGCCCAUCAAACGGGAAAGGCAUGGGAAUGUAGCAAGUCUUGUACAACGAAUAAGCACCUAUGGGCUUCCAGCUGGAGGAAUUCAGCCACAUCCACAAACCAAAAACAUCAAGAAGAAGAUCAAGAAGCGCCAGUGUAAAGUUCUUUUUGAGUACACUCCACAAAAUGAGGAUGAACUGGAGCUGAAAGUGGGAGAUAUUAUUGAUAUUAAUGAAGAGGUAGAAGAAGGCUGGUGGAGUGGAACCCUGAACAACAAGUUAGGGCUGUUUCCCUCAAAUUUUGUGAAAGAAUUAGAGGUAACAGAUGAUGGUGAAACUCAUGAAGCUCAGGAGGAUUCAGAAUCUGUUUUGACUGGGCCUACCUCACCUUUACCUUCUCCGGGGAAUGGAAGUGAAACUACAUCUGGAUUGAUAACACAGUCAAAGAAAAUUCGAGGAAUUGGAUUUGGAGAUAUUUUUAAAGAAGGCUCUGUGAAACUUAGGACAAGAACACCCAGUAGUGAAACAGAAGAGAAAAAAACAGAAAAGCCCUUAAUUGUACAGUCACUUGGAACCAAAACUCAGAGUGCAGAGAUAACAAAAACAGACAUUGAAGGUAAAAUUAAAGCUAAGGAAUACUGUAGAACAUUAUUUGCCUAUGAAGGUACUAAUGAAGAUGAACUUACUUUUAAAGAGGGGGAGAUAAUCCAUUUGAUAAGUAAGGAGACUGGAGAACCUGGCUGGUGGAAAGGUGAACUUAAUGGUAAAGAAGGAGUAUUUCCAGACAAUUUUGCUGUUCAGAUAAAUGAACUGGAUAAAGACUUUCCAAAACCAAAGAAGCCACCACCUCCUGCUAAGGGUCCAGCUCCGAAGCCUGAGCUGAUAGCAGCAGAAAAGAAGUAUUUUCCUUUAAAGCCUGAAGAAAAAGAUGAAAAAUCAGCACUAGACCAGAAACCUUUUAAACCAGCUGCUCCACAAGUCCCACCCAAGAAGCCUACUCCACCCACCAAAGCCAAUAAUUUAUUGAGAUCUCCUGGAACAGUGUACCCAAAGCGACCUGAAAAACCAGUUCCUCCACCACCUCCUAUAGCCAAGGUUAAUGGGGAAGUUUCUACCAUUUCAUCAAAAUUUGAAACUGAGCCAGUAUCAAAACCAAAGCUAGAUUCUGAACAGUUGCCUCUUAGACCAAAAUCAGUAGACCUUGAUUCAUUUACUGUCAGGAGCUCUAAAGAAACAGAUGUUAUAAAUUUUGAUGACAUAGCUUCCUCAGAAAACUUGCUACAUCUCACUGCAAAUAGACCGAAGAUGCCUGGAAGAAGGCUGCCUGGCCGCUUCAAUGGUGGACAUUCUCCAACUCAGAGUCCAGAAAAAGUUUUGAAAUUACCAAAAGAAGAAGAUAGUGCCAACUUAAAGCCACCUGAAUUUAAAAAGGAUACAUCCUCCUCUCUGAAGCCAUCUGUGUACCUUUCAACACCUUCGAGUGCUUCUAAAGCAAAUACGGCUGCUUCUCUAACUCCAUUAGAAAUGAAAGCUAAGGUAGAAACAGAUGAUGGGAAAAAAAAUUCCCUGGAUGAACUUAGAGCCCAGGUUAUUGAAUUGGUGUACAUUGUAGAAGCACUGAAAAAGGACCAUGGGAAAGAACUGAAAAAACUACGAAAAGAUUUGGAAGAAGAGAAGGCAAUGAGAAGUAAUCUAGAGGUGGAAAUAGAGAAGCUGAAAAAAGCUGUCUUGUCUUCUUGAGGUGCUGUGGACCCAGUGUUCUUAAUGUUCCAGGGAUUCAGAAGCAACACUAUGAACUCCAAAUGACUUGUUACUCAAAAAUAACCAGUGCUGUUGUUGUGAAAAAGAAAUAUGAGUAUAUGAACUAUAUAAUAUCUAUAAAGAAGUAGGGGGAGGGUAAAAUUUUUUCUAUAUAUUUUGUUUUGCCAAUAUGAAAAAAAGAGGCCUUAUUUUUUACUGUGCUGGGAUUGCAAACACUUUUUUUUUAAUUUGUUUGCUUGAAAAUACUACUGAAUCUGUAUAAAAAGGAAAGAAAAUUCACAAUAGAUUUUUUAUUGAAACUUGUAGUAUUAUUUUUAAAGAGAUCUAUAGUAUAAAUAUAGUGAUAUCUUUUCAAGUAAUCUGUCUGUAAGAUAUUCUAUUGGAGAGGGACAAAUUAGCCUUAUAGUGAUUAUAGUCAAUACUUUUCCCAUAAUACAUAAGGGAUAAACUUUGUACAUACAUAUAUUUUUACUUUUAGCCUCUUACCCAGGAUUACACUGUUGUGCCUGUUUGUCUGCAAUGCUGUUUAUAUUUUGGGUGAUCGAAGUAGGAGUUUCCUAGCUAUAAACCAGAUUACUCACCCAUGCAUAUAGAAAUAACUAAUGAAAUAAUCAAAAUAAUUUCUUCAGCUUUUAGAAUAUUUUAUGUUGCUUGCACUAUAGGAUUCAUAAAAGGAAUUUAGUUAAAAUGUAUUGGGUUGUUCAGCAUAUUUGGGAAAAUAUGAGCUUUAUUUUAAAUUUAUUAGGUCUAAGGAAUCUAAAAAUGUCAAUUUAACCCUUUACCUGUGCCUAGAAACUACAGCACAUAUGAAGUAUGUAAACACCAGCCUUAUUACUGUACUUUUCUGCUUAUUUUACAGUCUCAAGUAUUACUCAUUUCAUUGUCUUGUGAAAUGUCCUCCGUCUCAUUUUUAAUAGUGAUAAAUAAUAUUAGGGAACCAAAACCCAACACUUCUCAGAACGUCAGUGUGAGGUUUCGUACUUUGACAAGUUAUCAUGUAGCUUCUCAGGUUUUACAAUGUAUAAUUUACCUAAUAGACCAGACUAACUAGUGGAGAUAUUUUAGAUAUUUAGGUACCAACUUUAUAAAGAGUGUUAGUAUGUCACUAAAUAAAACAUUACAGCUUAUUUAAAACCAAAUAUAGAUGACGCUACUCAAAAUACAAUUUUUACAGAAUGAAUGAAUUAGCAGUUUCUUCAGAGUCACUUAAGAACAGUUGAAUGUUUUAAAAAUGUCACAUCUAUACGUAGUAUGUCUAAAAACAUGUGGGUUUAUUUAAAAUUUAAAAAUUGGAAGUUUUUUCAUUUGCAAAAUAUUAGGUUUUAAGCUUUAUCAUAGCAAAUGAGUGUCAGAGUUUGAGUACCAGUUAUGAUGCUUCCAUUUUUUGUUUUAAACCACCAAACCAAUAUUUUUCCUUUACUUUUUAAGCUUAUAAUACAGAAAUCUUGUGUAAAUGAAGUUUUGUCAUGUUUCAAAUAAAACAGAACCAAAUUAGAAAAUAAUAGAAAUGCGAUUCUUUAGUUCACAACUUAUGGUAGGGCUUUUGGGAAAAGUUAAUUGUGCAUUGAGUAUGUAUGUUUUAACUCUGUAAAGUCUUUGGGCUCUUCUAAUGAGGUUGCUACUGAACAAAAUUGUUUUCUACUGUUUUUAAAUGACUAUAGUUAAAUGAAUGAUUUUCUUGUUAAAUAAAUUAAAUCUUAUUUUCUUUUAAUGACAGUUCUUAGGUAAAAAUAAAAACACUGUAUCAUAGAAAUCAUCUGCCAGUUUUCUUGCUGAAAAAUCUAUUAAGUGAUCCCUCCCCACCCUAAUGAUAGGGUGGGGGAAGGUUCCAGCAGAUUUCAGGCUGUCCUUAAGGUUUUUGUUCGCCAUUUUCUCACUAGUACAUAAAAUCAAGAUGGUCAUGAGUACUGAAAUACAUUUAAAGUUUUUGCUUGUAUACGCCUCAGUCAGAAUAGAAAAGUAAUUGAAGUACUGUGUGUCUCUUUUUCUGCCCUUGACAAAAUAGUAAAGAAAACCAAAUAAACUCAAACCUAAAGGGAAAAAUGAUUCCUUUAUUCUAGUAAUUUACCACUAUUUGCUUUUGAUACAAGAACAUUUAUUCAUUUCUAUUCCUAAUGUUUAUAUCAAAAAUUUUACAUAACAAUAACCUUUAUUUAGGGUAAAUUAAUUUUUCUGCAUAUGAGUAUAAAUAACAGACUAAAGGUGAACAGCAUGGAAUCUGUUGCCAAAUUAUUAGUGACUGUAUAGGGGGGUCUUUAAAAAGUUCAUGGAAAGAUUCAUAUUAUCUGUCAAUUCCAUUUUUCAACAAACUUUUUGAAGUACCCUUGUAUAGUUGAGGUUUGCUAUUCUUUGAAACACAUGAUGUUAUGGUCGGCCCUCAGUAUCCACAAGUUCAGCAUCUAGGAAUUCAACCAAUACAUGGAAAAUAUUAAAAAGUAACACAAAUUUAAAAUACAGUACAGUGUAGCAAAUGUUUACAUAGCAUAUACAUUGUAUUAGGUAUUAUAAGUAAUCUAGAGAUAAUCUAAAGUAUACAGGACAAUUUGUGUAGGUGAUAUGCAAGUACUACACCAUUUUAUAUAAGGGACUUGAACAUCCUCAGGGUUCCUGGAACUAAUCUCCCAUGGUUACCAAGGGACGACUGUACUAGUUAUCUAAUUGUAUUUCAAUGUUAUUUUUGUGUGUGUGACCACUAAGCUUCUGUCUUACUAUAAAGCUGUUACCUCUUUACAGAAUUUAAGUGUGGUGAUGCAAAGAGAGAAUGGGCCUUGUGUAACAGGAUUCUCUUUUAUGCUCCUUACUGUAUCACAGGAAAAAAAAAAAUCCAAGUGCUCUCUAGAUUUUUUUGAUAAACUUUUAUGCUUGCAUUUAAACUUGAAAUGUAUGAGCAGAGUGAGACAAUCAGUUAAGAUCAGAAAUGAGAAGUGUUAUAAUUUAAUGGCCUUAUUUUGCUGUAGCAAUAAAAUGACCAAGUGCAAUGACUUGAUUUAAUAAAAUCAUCUUUUAAAAGUUGCUGCUAUGAAUAUUUUUAGCUAUAAAAUUUUACCCUUGUUUUAGCCUGACUUGCCUUUAAUAACUAUUAUGUAAUGCAGUUGAUGUUGUGGUAAUCUUACAUUCCAAAAAAAAAAAAAUAUAUGGGAAAUCUCCAAAUAAUAAACUUAAUGACUUGUUUACAGGUGCUGUAAAAAAGCAUGCUUCUCCCGCUAAAAGAAAAAUUAAAAAUAAAACAGAAUUGUAUUGCUAA